CACACACCAGCCGUGCAGAGGGGCAAAGCUGCGGUGAGGCAACAAGAUGUAAAACUAUGUCCGAAACAAAAGCGGGUGAGGGUGUUCGUUUGUGCGCGUGUGUUGGCGCGUGUAUGUCAGCGCGUGCGCGUUGCUGAGUCAGACGCGGCCGCUCACGGUUCAGUCAACCCCCCCCCCCUCUCUCUCUCUCUCUCUCUCUUUCUUCCCAGUUGUUAUUUUGCUAGCGACACUUUGUUUCAUCCACCGACGUCAUCCAUACGGUCUGGACACCGAGGCGCGAAGCUACCCUCCCUCUCCGUAGUUAAUUGUUUCCUACCGACUGACAACUUGUUCGCCUGUUAGAGCGCUGGCUGUCUGUCCAUGGGCGCUGCUGUUUACACACUCUGCUGCUCCUCCUCCGCCGGCUGGGCUGUCCGGUGCGCCUCUGCGGUCGGUUCGGGACGGUGUCGAACUCCGCUUUUAUGAAUGAAUAACGAGACGGGGAAAUGCCCGUGACUGCGAAACUCCCCCUACAGCCGGGCUCCCGGGGGGUCAGCCACCGAUGAGAGGUAUUAACGACGGAGCCGAGCCGCGGCUCAUUGCGGAAAAAGCGAGCCCUGACUGCAGACUGGCGUGGAAAGGCACCGUGAGCGGGAAACGGGCUCCAUAGCGUAAAGCAGCGGAACGAAACCGCGGUGACCACAAUGUCCAUCCACAUCGUGGCGCUGGGCAGCGAGUGCCCCGGAGGAGUCGGUCCAGGAGAUGAGAUGUUGGGGCAGGGGCAGCUGCAGGGGGGGUUGCUGUGGAGCUACCUGGGUCAGGGAGCCAUGGUGGGACCAUGCGACCUAGAGAGCAGUAUGCACAACCCGGCUUUCAUGGAGUACACCUCACGUGUCUUUGGAGAUGUCACGGUAGUGGUUCGGGAUUGUCCCAGCUGGGACUUGCUGGACAGCGACUGGGCCAGUGUUCGGAAAGUUCUUGAGCAGGCGGACAUUUUAGUUAUUAAAUAUUCAGUCACUGACAAGCUGGCCUUCCAGCAGGUCAGGAAUGGCUAUGCUCCGAGACUCCGCCCACUCCUGAGGCACUGGGGCGUGCCCGUUAUCCUCGUUGCUGUGGGAGCGCGGCUGAAUGAUGAAGGGCCCCCCUGUACGUGUCCACUGUGUGCCUCUGACUGGAGCAGCUGCGUACCUCACAGUGAAGGUUUGCAGUUGUCCCGGGACUUGGGGGCCACCUAUCUGGAGUUGCCCUCCCUCAACCAUGUCUUCGUGGGUCGCUACUUUGGCAGCGUGCUGGAGUACUUCAUGAUUCAGUGUCUGAAACACAAAGCCAAAGAGAGGCCAGAGAAGAGGCGAGGAAAUAAAGUGAAUGAACUUCGCCCCCCUCACUUAGAACAGCCAGCUCGUCUUCCCCCUAUUAGAGUGGAGGAGUCCAGCUUCUCCCAGGACAUGCAGUGGUUGUUGGAGCGUGGCGUGCAGUUCGCCGAUGUGGCUUUCUAUGCCGGGGAUUCUGGGAAAGAGCUGGGUUGGGCGCAUGCCGCUGUGCUGUGUGCUGUCAGCCCGUACUUCAGACAGCUGCUCCUUGGGCCCAAGACCAGGGAACGUCCACAGUCGCGGUGUGUUUGCAGAGAGCGUGACGGAGGCCCCCACUCGCUGCUUUCCACCUGGGAUGGGAGUAUUAUUGAUGACAUGCCGAGAUCAGAUGGACACCUGACGGGACGCCUCACUCGUUUGGUGGUGAAGGACCCCCUCCUGUGCAUGUGCUUGUGGGAGACUCUCAUGUUCAUUUAUAGAGGAGCGUGGGAGUGGGAGCACCUCCAGGAGGCCCUGGAUGAGAAGCUGAAGAAUUCUCUCGCUGUGGCUCAGCUUAUAGAUCGAAUACGAUCCCUCAUCGGCAGAGAAAGGGGCACCAGGGACACACCGAGUGCGAGGGCAGCUCAGCUUGGUCCCCAGACUCUCGUCAACCUCUUCAAUUCUCCUCUAUACUCUGAUGUCAUAUUCAUGGUGCAAGGGAGUGUGCUGCCAGCCCACCGGGCAGUGCUGGUGGCCCGCUGUGAUGUCAUGGCCGCCAUGUUCAGCGGGAAGUAUGCAGAGGCUCGUAGCCGAGUGGUGCCCAUCCACGGCGUCUCCUCAGACACCUUCCUGUCUUUCCUCGAGUACCUCUACACUGAUUCCUGCUGUCCUGCCAGUGUGCUUCAGGCCAUGGCUGUGCUGGUUUGUGCCGAGAUGUACCAAGUGAAACGACUGCAGCAUCUGUGUGAGGUCUGCGUAUGUGCUUACCUUCAGAGCAUGCCCAGUAGAGAGCUGGCAUCAACAGGCAUCAGUGUAGUUCGACUACUCCGCAGGGCAAAGUGCCACAAUGCAGAGCAGCUCUAUAUCUGGCUCCUCCACUUCAUCGCCAACAACUACCUAAUCUUCAGUCAUAAACCUGACUUCCUGGAGCUCUCAGAUGAGGAGCGCGAGCAGGUGGAGAGGCUACGAUGGCCGUCCAGAGGCUACCUACAAGAGCUCAGCGAGUACCAGCAGCGACGCCGCAAACUCCGCAAGUCCCGCUGCCUUGUCAUGUGACCAAACCUGGACGCCAAAACCAUCUG